UCUCACCGUACGUCGUCGUCGUUGCUGCUACGUACAAUUUCCUCUGGUUUUGAAUUAUAACUUGUAAAUAAACGGCCAUCGAUCACGCAAAAGCCACACGGACCCAAUUUCUCUUGGACGUCAAAUGUUGUGCGACUACCAAAACCCAUAAACCGUCAUUGUCAGCCAUUAAAGUAGCCAGCCCCUCUCCUCAUCCUUGCCGCCCAACAUACCAAAUAACUUUUUACCAUCCUCAUAAAAUGGCGGAACCCAUGGAAGCAGAAUUCACAGCAGUGCCAGAAAACACUGAAGAACUCGGCCCUAAUGAUAAUGGCGGACACGCCGAUACACUCGAAGCAACUUCUGAUACCUCUUCCGACGACUCAGAUUCCGAUAAUGAAGCUCAAAAAGCGCUGGAUGUUCUAACCCUAGAAUCUGAGCUGUCUCGUAAUUCCUCCAAUUAUGAUGCUCAUGUUCAGUAUAUUAAGUUGCUGAGGAAAAUGGGAGAGAUUGAUAAACUCAGGAAAGCUAGGGAAUCGAUGAGUGAGAUUUUUCCCUUGACGCCUACUAUGUGGCAGGAGUGGACUAAAGAUGAAAUCACUAUAUCUUCUGGGCCCGACACUGUUCCAGCUAUCGAAGAGCUUUAUGAACGUGGUGUAUCUGAAUAUCUUUUUGUCCCUCUCUGGUGUGACUACUUGAAUUUUGUGCAAGAACAUGAUCCCUCAAUCCGCAAGUGUUCUGAUGUUGGUGUUUCAAAAGCAAGGAACUUAUUUGAGCGUGCCCUUACAGCUGCUGGUUUGCAUUUUAGUGAGGGCAGUAAGAUCUGGGAAGCCUAUAGAGAAUUUGAACAAGCUAUCUGCCUUACAAUUGACGAUUCGGAUACUGAGGGAAAAGAAAAGCAGAUUCAGCGUGUUCGAAAUAUAUUUCAUAGACAGCUAUCUGUCCCUUUGGCUGAUGCCAAUUCUACUCUCCUUGCUUACAAAUUGUGGGAGAUGGAGCUUGGUAAUGAUCUUGAUAUUAACUCUAGUGACCUGGAAGGUAUUUCUUCUCAUGUUGCUUCUGCUUAUAAGAAGGCAUUGGAGAUGUAUAAUGCUCGAAUCAAUCUUGAAGAACAAAUAUGUAAAUCUGAUGUUCCCGAUUCAGAAAGACUUCCACUCUUCAAGAAAUACUUGAAAUUUGAGGAGUCUGCUGGGGACCCUGCACGAGUACAAAUUCUAUAUGAACGUGCUAUCACCGAGUUUCCCAUAUGUAGUGAUUUUUGGGUUGACUACAUACGCUAUUUGGAAAAAACACUCAAGGUUGGGGAUGUUGUAAAGAAUGCUACUAGUAGAGCCACAAGAAAUUGUUCCUGGAUAGGCGAACUUUGGGUGAGGCAUAUGCUUUGCUUGGAACGAGCUCAUGCUUCUGAAGAUGAAAUCUCCAUGGUGUUUGAGAAGGCUCUCCAAUGUUCAUUUUCAAGUUAUGAGGAGUACCUAGAUCUGUUUCUUACUCGCAUAGAUGGCUUGCGGAGAAGGAUUUCAGUAUCCGGGGAAAUGCAAGUCCUCGAUUAUGCUGUCAUAAGAGAUACCUUUCAGCGUGCUUCAGAUUACUUAUCUGUACAUCUUAAAGGCACCGACGCUUUGUUGCGUCUGUAUGCAUAUUGGGCUCGUUUGGAGCUGACUCUAGCAAAUGAUAUAGUAGCUGCUCGAGGAGUUUGGGAAAGCUUAUUAAAGAUCAGUGGCAGUAAUAUUGAGGCUUGGCAAGGUUAUAUAAAGAUGGAGAUUGACAAGGGAACUUUGAAUGACGCACGUGCAAUCUUUCGAAGGUGUUACACAAAGAGAUUUCCUGGUACAGGCUCAGAGGACAUAUGCCAAUCGUGGUUAUGGUUUGAAAGGGAAUAUGGCACUCUGGAUGAUUAUGACUAUGCUGUACAAAAGGUUUCUCCACGUUUGCAGGAGUUGCAGAUAUUUAAUUUGCAGCAAGAGCGCAAAACUACAGCGGCAGCUGUCGAUGCUAAUGAACAUUCCACCAAGAAAAUAUCCCGGGAAAAACGGAAACCAAUUUCAAAUUUAUCGGAGGAUCAAUCUCCUUCAAAACGACGAAAAGACAUGAAUGAAAUCGCGAAAAAAGGGACCAAGAAGGAUAUUGAUAAUGGAAAAAAUAUUUCUAAAACAACCAGAGGGGAAGAGACUGAAGCAAAUGUUGACAAAAGGGAUAGCAGCCAUGAACAACCAAAAGAACAAAACAUGCAUGAGAACGUUAAGUACACUGAUCAAUGCACAGUUUUCAUAUCAAACCUUGAUCCCAAAGCGAACUAUGAAGAUGUUCGCAAAUUUUUCAGCGAUGUCGGUGGAGUUCAAUCUAUCCGAAUAUUAAAGCAUAGAGAUACUGGUAAAUCCAGGGGCCUUGCAUAUGUCGAUUUCUGCGAUGACACACACCUUAAUGCUGCUUUGAAGAAGAACAGAAAUUGGUUGCUGAAGAAGAAAGUGAGCGUUGCCCGAUCAGAUCCUUCAAAAAGCAAAAACCAGUCAGCAGGUCCAAAGAUCCCAUCUGAAGGUGAAGCAAAACAAGAGGGGAAGCAUUCUUCUGAGCCUCCUGUUGCAAAGUCAUCCUCUAGUAAGGGGCCCAAAAAUGAUGUCAUCCAACUCAAGGGAAAGAACACGUUUGCAGUUCCACGCAAUCUCAAGCUUCUUGAUCGGAAAACAAGCAAGCCAAAAGCUGUUGAAGGCGAAGAUGAAACCCCAAAAUCUAAUGAUGAAUUCAGACAAAUGCUUCUCAAAAAGUAGGUGAUGAAAAUUUUCAUGAGAGUUUAUUUUACUCUGUACAGUGGUGUAGCAGUAACUAAUUACUGAAAUUUUUACCAAAAAAAAGAUGUAGUGUUGUAUUUUGACGUUUGUAUCAAUCAAGUUAACAGACUAGGUUUGACGUAUGCAUUGUGCACAAAUAUUAUACAGAUAAGUACAACUCUUAUUGUAGCAUAUGAAAGUGGGGUAUACCCAACCCAAGUGUAAACAUUUUCUGGGCACUACCACUAGUUACUAACAUAGCAGAUAACCAACUUUUUAAAUAGGGGUUUAAAGUAUCUGGUACACCCCAGGCCCCAACAAUCUGGUUAUAUGCUAUAACCCUUGGAAUGUUUUUAAAUCA